UUUUAAUCAGAACGAGGUUCCUGAAAGUGCUUUUGUACUCACUGUGAAACUUGGCAUGAAUUUGUACAUUUCACUUUACUUUAAGCUCCAUUCCUGGUAACUGCACAGGUUUGUAAAGGUUUAUGAGGACAUAUAAAUGAUUUCACUCAACAUGAAGAAUUGUAAAUAAGAAGGUAAGGAGGUUUUAAUGUACCCUGAAAUAAUAUGUAGUUGAUAAUUAUGUGCAACAUUAAAAUCCUAUUAAAAAUACACACCGAUCAGCCAUAACAUUAUGACCACUGAAAGGUGACGUGAAGAACACUGAUUAUCUCCUUAUCAUGUCACCUGUUAGUGGGUGGGAUAUAUUAGGCAGCAAGUACACCAAGCAGGACGUCAUUAACAACCUGGAAAACUUUAUACAGUACUGGAUAUAUGAUGUUCAACAUGACAACAUAAUCCAGACUUUGCUGAAGAUCAAGGAGAUUGUGGAUGAGACUACAGAGCAGAAUCACGCACUAUGCAGGGAGCUUUUUGGACGUGAAGAUCUGCUGGAGAAGUGGAGAAAGGAGCAGUUUGAAGUCCUUCUGACAGACCCCAUGUUGAUGUGUGGCGAUCUCCUGGCUUUAAAACUCAACCUGCCGCUCAUCAUCAGUCUGAGGUUCAGUUUUGGGAGUUCUAUGGAGCGACUCUGCGGGCAGCUCCCAACACCUGCCUCUUAUGUUCCGGCGGUCAGCCUGAGCUACACGGAUCAGAUGGAUUUCCCACAGAGAGUGAAAAACGUGCUGUUUAAUCUCUUUCAGAACUUUCUGUUCACACUUCUGACCACGUUAAAGUGGGAUCCUUUGUAUACAGAGUGUAUGGGUAAGUCAAGAUACCAAUAAACAAUCUCAUAAAUAUCCAACAUUCCUAGUCACCUCCAUUUUUGUUAACUUGUUGAGGUCAUUGAGGACAAAUAUAAAUGAAGAAUGGUAAAUGAGAAGGUAUGGAAGGAAGUGACCUGUAAUACAGUAUAGUGUGAAUAAUGUAUAAUUAUAGAUUAUAUGGAGUAUUCACAAGCCUCUACGAAUCGAGUCGUUACUAUAGAAACGAUAACAUACUGUACAAGUGUAUUGAUAUGAAAUUGACAGAUUUGCUGUUGUAGAAAAUUAUUCAUCGACUUCUGACCAAUCAGAAUUGAUUCAAAAAUUCUGAAAGAUAUUUUGAAUUCCAAAAAAAUCAAGGAUAAGGGAAAUGAUUUAUAAUCAGUCGCACUCUCCUGUGUCACCCAGAUAAGGACAGGUUCAGUUUUGAGUCUGGUUUCUCUCAAGGUUUCUUCCUUCCCACUUAUUCAUUAAUCCUGAAUUUAUACAUUUUACUCUAAAGCUACUUUGUGACGAUGUCCAUUGUUAAUUGCACUAUACAGAGAUUUUCUGCAUACAGUCAUUAUUGCAGUAAUACUUCUUCCACCCAUAAAAUCAGAGGAUUCAAGGUCAUGAUGAAGCAACGUUACAGGACAAAGUUAUUCUUAACUGUGGUGGAUUGUGCAACUUUGGAAGGUUUUCUUCUUCUUUUCUUUUUUUAAUCCUUCCUUUAUUUACAUUUACAGCAUUUUGUAGACGCCCUUAUCCAGAGCCACGUACAUUGUACCAUUAGUCACAUGUUUCCUCUAAAGUUUGCUGCAUGAGCUCAGAUGUCUGACUCUCCAGCCAGAAUGGGUGUGUGUCAGAGAGCUACGCUCUGUAUUCUGUUCAUGCUGGGUCUGAGACAGUGUGCUUCAGCAGGCAAGAUCCUCAUCUGGCCUGCAGAAUUCAGCCACGGGCUCAACCUCAAAUCCAUCAUAGACGAGCUCAUAGCCAGAGGACACAGCGUGACAGUUGUCACUCACAGUGCCACACCGUCUAUAAAGACAGAGCAGUCUCCGGGCUACAGUGUGAUAGCCAGAUAGCCUGUUUUUAAUCUGUUAAUACAUAAUGUGCUGCUAAAAAAUAAUGUGCUGCAUAAAGCUCUUUUAAAUUAAAAAAAAAAAUCCACAGACAAUGUUUUCUACAGACAUUUAGACCUGUACGUAUGCUCGGUUAUAUGCCUUCAUAACUUCCUCGUUAGCUUAGUCUGGAGUCGCCCCAGUAUGUGUUGUCAUAAUUUGCAUUGAGUCAACAUUAUUAAACAAAUUCAUGGUGAUUUUCAGAUUAAGUUCAACAUUUGCAUUAAAACUUUGUAAACGCUUCACAGCUCACCCUUCACUGAUUUUAUUUCAAGUUUAACAUUGAUGGAGGAAUUAAA